AUGUUCUUGAAGCACACUUGCCCAGGUUUUGGGGGGUACCAUCACUUUUCUCAUUCAAUUAUCUUCAAUGUGGUUAGUGUUGUACUGAAUGUGCAAUAUUAUCACGCAGAGAAGGCCAAGAAAGCUAAAAUAAAUGCAUUUCUUUAUAGGAUGAGGGGAAUCCCUCACACUUUGCAUUUCUUGUUCUGGUUGUUUGCACUGUUUCCACAUUGAUGGCAGUAUUCUUUCCCCUCAACCCCUUUUGUUGGAUAUAUCCUUGCUUUAAGGGAUGCCCACUCCCCCAUUUCUAAGUUGAGGAGAGUAGAGGCAUAGAGAGAAGAGGUGAAGAAUAAUAGGAGACCACUGUUCUUCCUCUAUGGCAAGAAGCCUUCCUCCGAAUGAUCAGUUGGCAGAAGAAGACUACAUUGACAUGGACUUCAGCUCCGCCAACUUCUUCUGCUCUUCCCCUCCUCAUCCUUUAAUAGAAUUCGAAUUCCAGAUGAGUGCCAAUCCACAGCAGAGCCUGCCGAUGUCCUCCCCUGCAGAUGAGCUCUUCUACAAGGGAAAGCUACUGCCGCUCCACCUUCCGCCGCGCCUGCAAAUGGUGGAAGAGCUCAUCCAAAGUGCAGUCACAAGAACGCCGAGUACCGCCGCCGCAACUCCAUACGAGUCAUGCAACGCCUCGCCGGCCGCCUCUCGGUACGUGAGCGGAGAGCUCAACCCGGAGGACUACUUCCAUGAGUGCUCGGAAGAGCUCAUCGAAUCGCACCCGAGGAAGUCAUGGACCAGGAAGCUCAAGUUCAUCAAGGAAGCCAAAGCUUAUUUCAAAUCUCUUUUCGGCAAGUCCCGGUGUCCGGAUGAGAAAUGUGCGGCCUCUGCAGACCGCUCACCUGUCUACCAAAAGGCAGCAAAGAAGAGCCCAUUUGGGAGAAUCCAAAUUGGAAGUCACACAGCUUUGCACGCCAUGAAGUGCAAAGAAGAAGAGAAGAUGAUGGAAGAAGCGAACUUAGAUCACAGGAGGUCUUUUUCGAGAGCAAAUUACUCGCAAUCAUCAACUAAAUCUUUCUCUGUUUCUUCAUCAUGCACGUCUUCUAAAUCUUCUUCCUUCUCGAGUGUCAACUCCAAGGAAUCUCAAGGACAACCGAUGCUGAAAAGGAGUAGCAGUGUGAAUUCAGAUAUAGAGAGCUCCAUCCAAGGAGCAAUCGCUUACUGUAAGAAGUCCCAACAGAAGGACUCUGCCAGAAAGAGUGCAAGUGAUGCAGGAUUCUGUCUUCUUUCUGUCUCUAAAAUUGCUCCUGACAGUGAACAUGAGAAGCCAGGACUCUGCUGGGAGUGAUGUGAAUGGUACCCACUGCAUUAAAAAGAAUGAAGAUGAUGGAAUUGCACUGUGAUCUUCCAUGUUUCAACAACUGUUUUGAGCACAAAUUUUCUCAAGAAAAUCCAUUAUUGAUUUGCUCCUGACUCUCAUUUUCUGGACUGGGAAAUUCAUCAAUUUACU